AUGAAUACAUCGCGCUCCAAUUUAUCAGGGAGCAUGAUUUCAUCAAGUAGUCCCACUAUUUUUAAUAAUGGAAACGGAAUUCAAUCAGGCUCGACAUCUACUUUGAACCCCGAUAAAGAGAAUACACAAAAUGUUCUAGGAUGUGGGGCUUUCCAGGCGUUUCCAAAUCAAAUAGUUUUUAAAGAUUUUGAAGCACCGGGAAACUAUAAGGAGACCAUAUCCUUUCGAAAUAAUGACACGGUGUCUCGAAGAAUUAGCAUUUUCGCUCCAAAAUCUCGUUUUUUCAGAGUUGAAUCUGUCAAAAAAAAUACUACCAACACUCUUGUCGCUCCCGGUCUUGAUGUCACAUACAAUAUUUUCUUCUCUCCUGAUGAAAAGAUUGACUAUAAUUGCGAUUUAAUAGUAAGAACUGAACAAGAGGAAUUCACUGUGCCAAUUAUCGCAGUGGGAUUGCGAGCUCUUCUUGACAUUCCGAAUAGUGUUUCGUUUGAUGAUGCACCUGUAAAAUAUUCUACAUCUAAAGUAAUUUAUGUCAGGAAUAUUGGAAAGAGCAAAUCUAAAGGAUUCAGCUUGGAGGCUGAAUAUCCAUUUUCUGUCUCUCCGAAGGAAGUUCCUGAAUUAAACGUAGGAGAAGGAGUCCAAAUAACAAUUGAUUUUUAUCCUGAAAAAACACAACAUUAUUACGGUAAACUAAAACUAGGUUUCGACACCAUCAACUGCAAAAUCAUUAAUCUUCAUGGAUUAGGCAAGAGCGCCAAUGUGAAGUUAGACGCCAAUGCCUUGGCCUUUCAAAACACGUACAUCACUUGCAACACUCAAAGAACAAUGAAGAUCGUGAAUAAUAGUAAUAUCCGUGUAAAUUUUAGCUGGAAACUAUUUUCUGUUGCUGACGACGAGAUUAGUUUCAAAACAAGAUCAAUUACUCAACUUGCAUUGGAGCACGAAGAAACAAGCAGAGAAUACAGACUAAAGAAAAGAGAAAUUGAGAAUGAUGAUUUAAGUUUUCGUGAUGAUGCAUUUUCCAUUUAUCCACUCAAAGGAGAAAUAUGGCCAAAUCAAGAGCUUGAAAUAUCCAUCGAUUUUCAUCCACAAAAGGAGAUUGAUUACGAUAAAAUUGCCUUCUGCGAAAUAACAGGUAGAGAAAUUCGAUUACCCUUAAGAUUACAAGGAAGAGGACGAGGUCCCAAUGUUUCAUUUUCGUACACAGAGAUUAGCAUUGGAGAAAUUUUUAUCAACUCGGUACAUGAAUAUGAAAUUAGAUUGGAUAAUAAGGGACAAAUUGGCGCUAGUUUUGAACUUAUUAAGCCAACCUCACUGUUUGGACCCAAAUUCCAAUUUGUUCCUGCUAGUGGAUAUGUGGCGGCAACAGAAUCUCAAAUUAUCAAAAUAUUUUUCAACUCUGACAUCAUAGGAAGUUUUGAGGAAGACAUCUACUUUAGAAUUGAAGGAAGACACGAGGAUUUACGGCUUCACUUUAGUGGUCAAAUUAUUGGCCCAACCUUUAAUUUUGAUUGUGAUGAACUCAAUUUUGGAAUGGUGCCAUACGGAUUUUUAAACACAAAAUAUGUACAUAUUAUCAACACUUGUGAGAUUCCAAUGAAGUUUAACCUACGAAUUCCAGAAGAUGGUACAAUGUUAAAGAGACAAUUCGAUAUUAUUCCCAGUAACGGUAGUAUACUACCUCAUACAAAGAAGCAGAUUAAGAUAGAAUACCUUUCUACAGUUUUGAGAGAAAACAAGUCUACUUUGGUUGUAGAUGUUGAAGGUGUUGGAGAUGCUCUGGUUGCUGUACCUAUUCGAGCUGUUACUGUAGCUCCAACAAUAACGCUAGCCAAAUCAGAAAUACAUUUUGGUGACUGCUUUAUUGGUUACGAAUAUUGUGGAAGGUUAGAAUUAGUUAAUAGUACCAACAUGUCAUCCAAGUAUGAGAUAAUACUGCCUGAAGAGGUAAAACAAUAUGAUUGUAGAACAGAUUCGACAAUGGGCAUUGUUACAAACAAAAGUUCUGCAUGUGUAGAUAUUUAUUUCAAAUCCAAAGUACUUGGUGAUAUAUCAUUCAAGAUUUUUGUGAAAGUUGUUGGAAGCGAGCAAGAUCCUUUUGAGGUGUUAGUCACCGCACACUCUAUUGGACCAAUGGUGCAGCUAAGCUAUCCAGUUAUUGAUUUUGGAAAAGUGAAUGUUCUUGAAACUCAGCAUGCCAAGCUAAAAAUGUACAAUAACAGCCCAAUACCUGCUAGCUAUAGCGCUCAAUUUCGAGGAAAAUCAGCAGGAAUUUUUUCAUCUCAAUCUAUGAGUGGUACCAUUGAACCAAAAGGAGAAAUUGAUUUCAUUAUUGAUGCUGUUUUAGAUGAUACCGUGAAAUUUUCUGAUGAUUUAUUACUAACAAUAGAAAAUGGUGAAAAACUUUCUGUAAAGCUUACCGCUAUUGGAAAAGGAAAUACCGUCAUUCCUACAGAGCCAAUUAAUGAAAUUGACUUUGGGGAUCAGUUUACAAGUAGAGCGUUCAAGAAAGUCAUUUCCCUUGAGAACAAGAGCAGAAAACCUCAAAAAAUUUCUUGGAUGCAAGAGAGAAAGAAAGGAGACCAAACGGUACCAGUUUUCAAAAUUUCUCCUGAUAGGGUUGUAAUUCCUCCAAAAACUUUGCAAGCAUUUACCAUUGAAGGUUUUUGUGAAAAAGAAGGAGAAGUUGCUGAGCCAUGGAUAUGUAAAAUGUCAGGAAAAAAGGAUAUUGUCAUUUCAACUCCGGCCCUAAAAUCUAGAAUAUCUGUUCCAUUGCUUAAAUUCUCUGAAAGUUCACUCAGUUUCUUGUACAGAUACGUAAAGGGAGUGCCAGCAACUGUUCAAACGAAAACCGUGGACGUUACCAAUAUUUCACCUUUACCAUUAACGUUUUCCGUAAAGGCAACACCUCCAUUUUCUUUGAGCUGCACAGAUUAUACCAUAGAACCAGGACAAGUUAAAACCCUUGAAGUACAGUUUAACCCAGCAUACAAAACAGACAAACAAUCUACUGACAUCAAGUCAAAGAUGAUAAUAACUUAUUCAGACCAUCCUAACAAGAGUUCUAUCGAUCUUCUCGGAACAGUUGUAUUUCCAAACUUGGUACUUAGCUCUACGGCUAUUGAUUUUGGAACGGUUGUAGCAGAUGCUGAAAAAUCAAAAACAAUUACUCUUGAAAAUAGAGGAAAAUUAUCAGCUGUUUUCUCUUGGAUAUUUGAAAUUCCAGAAAAUGGAGAUUUAGCAACUUCUCAAAUAUUUGACAUUUUACCUAUGAACGGAAUUCUGGAACCUGGUGAAAGCGUAGAUAUUAGAUUUGUGUACAAUGCUGUCAAGUUUGGAGUGAACACCGCAAUUGCAAUUUGUGAAGUGGAAGGAGGCCCUAAUUACAUCAUGAAUCUUAGAGGUGAAUCUUCUUCUGUUAAAUUUGGAGUUGACAACUCUGAACUGGACUAUGGAGUAAUUCCCUACUAUUCUCCUCAAGAAAAAGAUAUUACUAUUUCUAACACAGGAAAAAUUGCAAUUGACUUUAAUUUUGAUUUUGGAACACUGAAACGAAAAGAUAUCAUUCAAGUCACUCCAGAAAACGGCAGAAUCAAGCCCGGAGAAAAACAAAAGCUGGUUGUAAAGCUCAUACCUGGAAUACCUGAGGUUAUCAAUGAGCAAUUUACUCUAAUGGUGGCCAUGUAUGAACCUAUUAUUGUAUCCUUGAAAGCUGUUUCAGUUCAUCCAAUGAUUCACUUAACCACAAAAGUGGGUAAAGAUGACCAGGCGAAUGCAAUUUCAUACUCCAAUCAACAAGACUUUGAAAAGCAUUUAGAAUUGGCUCAAAAGAAUGGCUCGAGAGGUAUAACUUUAAUGCAAGAGGCACUGAAAAAGUUGGGCUCAGAAGGAAAAAGUACAAGUUUUAAGAAUUUAUCGAUUGUUCAGUCCGACGUUCAGAAAGAGGCAGAACGUCUAUUGUUCUGUGAAUAUCUCUUGAUGAAUUCACUGAGAAAUUCAAAACUACGAUCCAUUCCUCGCUCCUCGAGAACCACAACCCCCAAUUCACAAAAACUUGAAUCUUCCGACAUUGUGCUACAGAGAGUAGUUGUUGAUUUUGGAUCAACGAUUAAGGGGCUUACAAAGAAAAAAACGUUCAAGCUUACAAAUGUUGGAGUACUACCAGUAUAUCUACGCUUUGACAAGAAAGAAUUAGCCAAAUAUGGCCUCUCUAUCGAGCCCUCCGAAAUUUCUAAUUUACCUGGAUAUCCAGAUAAUCAAUCGACUCCAAUUGAUAUUAUUUUCCAGUCUAAGAGCGAACGUGUGGAUAUUGGAGAAUAUAAAGCCAUUAUUCCAAUCAGAGUUCUGAAUGGUUAUAUUAUAGAGUUGGAAGCAAGAGCAAAUGUUAUUUUACCAGAGAUUAGUAUUUCUGAGACCUCUCUUAACUUUGGAGAUGUUAAUGUAGGCUAUGCAAAAGUUUAUACUAUUCAAAUUUACAACGACAAGGAUGUCAACUCUGAAUGGGUUAUAGAGAGUAACAAUGGAAGAAAGAAAGACACCAAUUUCUUAUUUGACGUCAUGGAAGGAGUUCUAAGUCCUGGAGAAAAGAAAAACAUUGCUAUCACUUUCAUGCCCACUUUAGACAAAAAGCUCAGUCAGACAUUUUUCUUGAAAUGCAACUACAAUCCUCAGCCAACAAAAAUCACAUGCACUGGAAAUGGAAAGGAUCUCAAUAUUAAAGUGGAUUAUGUGGAAAAGGAGCUCGGACCUAUUUUACCAUAUAAUGCGAGCUUCAUACCAUUCAGUAUUAGUAACAAUAGCGAAUGUACAAUAGAUGUUUAUUCCGUGGAUUUUGACGAACAAUACAGGCGAGAGUCUGAAAUCAUUCUCUCCUGUGAUAACUUUGACAAGGGUUACAUUCUAGCAAAGCCAAGAAAAUUUGGUGGACCUUUAAAUGAAGACAUACUGCAAAAGUAUAAUGAUCUUGUGAAAAAAGAAUGCGGAGAGGGAGAUUCUCAACCACAAGCUAGUGCUAGAUCUGUUGAAGCUACUGCUCAAGAUGAGACUACAAAAAAGAGAAAUAUUUACGUUAUUCAUGGUCCUCCUGUGUCAUUUAAAUCGGAGAUAGCUUCAUUUAUUUCAUCCAAGCUAAAUAUUCCGAUGAUCACCAUCGAUUCUGCAUGGAAUGAUUACUGUCAGAGUCAUACGGAUGAUAAUAACUCAACCAUCACUACAGCAAGACCAUCAUCAUCUAAGACUAAGCAACCUAAUGAUACACGCAUGUAUGACAAGUUGGGAUUGGCUUUUUCAGAAAGAUUUUCUCAAAAUGAUUGCAAGAAUGGGUUUAUCAUUGAUGGAUUGUAUUCUGACAGAUUCAGUGAUCAAGAAACAAUCACAAAACUUAUUAUGGAAAAGCUUGCACUCGAAAACGCAACUCUCAUUUGUUUGGAUGCUAAUGAAGCCGAAAUUAGGUCUAGAGCGCUUUCUGAAAGAGUUGAAAAAGCCAAGCAAAUUAUGGAAGAAUCUAGAUAUCCCAAAUUAACUGAAGAAGAAUAUGAAACUCUUGCAGAAAAUGAGAAAAAGAUGUAUGAGGCUCAAAUCAAAACGUUCAGAGAAAAUAAGACACAAUAUGACCGUCUUUAUGCAGAUUUCAUUCGAUUAGAAAAAGAGUUAGCUGGAGCAACUACAAAAUACAUUUCAGAGGUGUUAGCUGAGAGGAAAAAAGAGGAUGAAGAGUAUUUGAAAAAGAUGGAAGAAGAAGCUAAGAAGAAAAAGAAGCCUGCUUCAAACACUAAAAGCAAUAAUACCAGACCAGAAACUCCAAGCAACGAAAAGCUUAAUUAUACAACUCUUGCCGAUGAGUUAGCUGUUACUGCUGAUGAUAGCCUCUUUGAUACUCGAAUCAAAUAUUUCAAGCAAUACUAUUUCGAAGUUCAAAACUCAUUCAAAAAGGUCACCCCAGAAGAGCCAACAACAGGGAAUAAGAAAAAUAUGCCUGUCAAAAAGAAGGAAGAGGAAGUUGUUGAAAACAAAAUUUUCUAUUUCAAGGUAUCUGCUCAAACAAAACAGGAUCUAUUUGAAUCCUUGAUACAAAGCGUUCCUGCUCUUGAAGAACAUGCUAAUGCAAAAGAGCCAAGUAAGAAAAUGGAGCUAGCUAUUCCUGAGCCAUAUUUGCUUCAAGUCAUCAAAAAACCAUCUCAAGUUCAACCAGUCAACACAACUUCUCCUUUCACAAUUGUGUCAAGCUCAGAAAAUGAACAAUCUGAAACAACAAGAUGGACCAUUUCUCCAGGAGGAAAACAAGAAUUAUUCAUCAAAUUUACAUCAAAGCAAAUUGGUAAAUUCGACGCAGUACUUACUUUUGGAAUUUAUGGAAGAAGUUCUCAAUUCUCAAUUAAGACAAGCGGUUCCUGUAGCUAUCCUGAAAUUAGCACUUAUUACAAGAAUAUUUUCAGUCGAAGAAUUAAGUCACGUCCAGACAAAGGUCUUGCUAAAAAAUAUGUAAUUUCAGAAAACAAUUAUGAGUUUGGACCAUUAUUAAUCAGGCCAUCUUAUGAUAAUCUGGACGAGAAUAACUUUAAAGAAUACUAUGAUGUUUUCAGGUUUACCAACAAUGGAAAAUUUACAUGUGAUCUCAAUUUUUCAUUGGAAAAAGAGGACAAGGCAUUUUUAAUUUCUCCAAACCAACUGUCCAUAAAUCCAGAUGCAACAGCCGAAGUCAAAGUUUGGGCAUUACCGAAAAUAGUGGGUAAAAUCAAGAAUUCCAUUAUUUGUACUGUGAAAAACAACCCAACACCAUUCAAGUUUGACGUUUCAUGCACAGGAUCUAAACCCAAGAUUGAAUUAGACAAAACAAAGAUUGAUUUUGGAAAGGUUUUACUUUCAAGCUCUGGUUAUACAGAAAUAAUUAAUAUGAAAAACAUGGCUGCAAUUCCUAUACUAUGGAGCAUUAAAAAUAAGGCCCAACUUAAAAAAGAGUUCACAGUUGAGCCAUCAGAAGGAAAACUACAACCAGGUGAUCAAGUUGCAAUCUCAGUUAAAUUUAUUACUGAUAUUGCUUGUGAAGUGGAAGAAAAACUACUAUUGGCAAUUUCAGAUAUACAAGAGCUGUUACCAGCAGAGGAGACACCAAUUCAACUAAAGGCAGAUGCGUUCGGUAUGGAUGUUACUAUGGACUGCUCGCUUGACUUUGGAACUGUCAAAGUUUAUGACUCUAGCUCCAAAACUAUUACCAUGUACAAUAAUGGAAAAUAUGAUGCUGCGUUCAAGUUUAUUAUUCCUGAUAAGCUCAAACCGCAUUUUACCAUCAAUCCAAUGGAGGGUGUUCUAACAGCAAAGGCCAAACAAAAGACAAAUGUUGAGGUUACAUUCAAAACAAAUACUGAAAUAUUCUACAACAAGAACAAGUCAAUUGUUUGCAACUUGCAAGACAAUACCACAAAGAUGCCCCUUGGAACAACAGCUCUUGAGCUCUCUGUUAAAUCCAUGUUCAGCAAGUUUACAAUUACUCCUGAAAGUGGCAUUAACUUUGGUCCUUUAAGCUACGAUAAGGAGAGACAACGACCAUUUGAAAUAUUCAAUACUGGAAUUUUCGAUAUCCAAUAUACUGUGUUUGAUUACUCAAAAGGGCUCACAGAACGACAAGUAGAAGCCGAGAAGACAACAAACGAUCCUAAAAAGAAACCCACCGACCAAAAGAAAGUGAAAGGUAACUCGGCCAAAAAAGUUGAAGCUCAGUUACAAAUUGGACAAUUUACAAUUCAACCCACAGUAGGAACUAUUGCUCCAGGAAGUAAAGCAGUGGUAAACGUUACUUUUAAGGGAGAUGGAACAAAAGUAUUCCAAGAAACUCUGGGUAUCGAUAUUUCGGACAGAAACAUGGACGAUCAACCAAAUGGAAUACCUUAUUCUUUGCAAGGAGAGUCUUGUGUUCCAGGGAUUAUCACAAACGAGUUUGAGUCCAUCUUUGAAGAGCAACAAAUUGUCUCCAAUAUGGAUAUGAUAGUCAAUCCUCUUCAGAGCUCUUUCACUCUUGAUGAAAGAAUAUUUUCUUUUGGAACCAUUGCCGUUGGAAAAAAGGUCAACGAAAAGAUCAAAAUUAUCAAUCCUUUCAAGGUACCUUGCAAUGUUGAAUGUAGCGUAAAACCAAGAGACAUGAACGGAAGCAAGGAUGUAACAAUGUUUGAUGUGGUUCCUCCAAAACUAUUCAUUCCUCCUCAUGAGCAUCGAUAUGUCACACUCUCUUUUAUGCCUCCAACCAUGAAUAAUUACUCAGCUAUCUUUGAAGCAACAGUAACUGAUGGCAAUGAUCCAAAAACGAAAGAUUUACGAAUUGAAAUUAGAGGUGAAGGAUCUCUUCCUCAAGUUGUGAUCAAGAUUCCUGAAAAGGUUGGUGAUGUACCGAUCAUGAAAUUCCCAAAGACUGCAGUUGGUAAGCGAGAAGAACUUCCUGUACUCAUUAGCAAUGAAGGUUUGCUACCAGCAACAGUUAGAUUUGAUUUUCCAAACCAUCCUUCAUUGUUAUUCCCAGAGAGAUUGGAAGAAUUUGUUCUCAAUAGCAAGGAAUCUAGAAAAUUCGCAAUGAUAUAUGAGCCAGCAGAAGCAGAAAAAAUUGAAACUGCUCUUAAUAUGGUUGUGCUAGACAAUCACUUUGAGGAUACAAGCAUCAAAGUUACUGCUGAGAGUAUUGAGGAAGAUGUCAUCAUGACUCAACUUCCACUUGGAAAGGAGAAUGAGCUUUGGUUUGGUGAUUGUUAUGUUGCCUCCAAUAACGAAAGAACCUUUAGUGUGGAAAAUCAUGCUAGAGAUCCUGUACGUUUUGAAUUCAUAUGCCCUGAACAUAUCACUGUUUCUCCUGCUGUUGGUCAUAUUCAAGCGAAAUCGUCAAAAGAUGUCAUGAUCACUUUUGCAACAGAAGAACCACUAGAAUUGAAAGGAGAACAAUUGAAGUGCAUUUUGAAGAAGAUACGAUUUACAUCCGAUGAAGAAACAGAUUGGGAUGACAGGCAUAAAUCCAUUAAAUGGGUCGAAAUUGAUGAAGAAGAGGAGGCAAGAAAAUUGAAAGAGCUAGAAGAGAAAAAGAGAAGAGAGAAGGAAGAAAAAGAGAAUGAAAAGAAGGGAACUAAAAACAAGAAAGAUGAUAAAAAGCAACCUCAAAAACAGAAAGUCGAAGAAAAAGUAGAGCCUGUGGUGCAAGAAGAGCCAAAACCUAAAAAACUGGUGACAAAGCGCAUGGAGGUAACAGAUCCUGAACCACAACAUGAAAUUAUUGGUGAAAUAUCAGACAAAAUUUUAGCUAUUUAUGCUGUCGCUGAUUAUGCCAAGUUUGAGAUGGACAAAUCAGACAUUGUUUUCUCAACAACAAAAAUGUUUGAAACUCGUGUUCACCAAUUUCCACUCAAGAACGUUGGAAAGGUGGUUCUAAACUUUUCUUGGAGUGGAAACCAAUAUAUUGAUGGACCAUUUGAAUUGGAACCAAAACAAGGUCAGAUCAAGCCAGGAGAACAAACUACAUUUAUCAUCAAAUAUGCUCCUCAAGAUGUUGAUAGACAUGAAGAAAUAUUCACAUGCUACAUUGACAACAUAAUGCCAACUGUAGAAACGCCCUCGAUUAGAGUUACAGGAGUUUCUACAUGCCCUCUAGUACACUUUGAAAUUUCUCCAAGUGAUUACCUCACAAGUGGAAGAAGGAAAGUGUUAUUCCAAAAUCAAGAGAUUGAGUCUUUGGUGGAUAAGGAAAAGACAAGAGUCAUUGAGCUAUAUUCAUGCGGUAUCAAAGUUAAGAACACAAAGAGAUUCUACAUACUCAAUCCCACAGAUGUUGACUUUAAGUAUUCUUGGCAAAAAAUUCAAACAGAGCCGAAUGAUAGUAGCAGUGAUAACUCAUUUUCAUGUCUCACAAGAACUGGUAUUAUUAACAGCGGAAAGAAGUCUGAAAUUAUUUUCGAGUACAUUCCAUAUGCUUUGGAAACAAAAGAGUCAUUAUGGAUGUUUAGUAUUCCCUCUAGAAAGCUUAAUAUUCCAUUUUUAGUGGUUGGUCAUGCCAAAGAGCCUGAAGUCUUCUUAGACAGUGCCCGUGUGAACUUCCAAACAGUUCUUGUAGGAGCAAAAUCAUCUCAAACUAUUAAUAUUAUUAACCGAGAACCAAUUCCUUUUAGUUUUGCUUUUGAUCAAUACGAGUUCCUCGAAGACAAUCAAAAUGAUAGAAGACCUGUAUUAGUGCUUUCUCCAAAAUCAGGAACAGUACCAGCAGAGCAAACACUUCCUAUUAAUCUCUUAUAUACACCUAAUACUGAGACAAGCUUUAACAUUCAACUUUCUUGUAGAGUUAAGAAGAAACCUUCUGCUCUCAGCUGCAACGUCAAAGGAGAAGGGUUCCUAGUUCAUGAGUCUCUGGAAGUUGCUGAUGAAUCCAUGACUAAAAUUAUUCCUCUAUCUGCCAAAGAAACAAAUGAAGUCGAUUUUGAAAGAGCCCAAAUUAAUGAGAAGAAAAUUAAGAAAAUUAUCAUCACAAACCACGGUAAUUACAAUUUCGACUUCCAAUGGUUCCAUGCUAAAAACAAGUUAAUAACCAUCAACCCAGAAAAGGGAACAGUGUUCAAGGGAGGAAAACUGAUUUGUGAUAUUAUCUUUAAUCCUACAUCACAAGUGAAAUUGGAGAAUUACAAGUGUGUGUGUAAGAUUACAAACAGUAAUUCUUAUAUUGUCAACUUGUCAGGCUCAGGCUCUCAGCCAAAGAUUAACUUUAGCUUCUUGCAAUAUGAUUUUGGUGCUCAUUUCCUUUAUCAUCAAGGAAUGGAUAAAAGUCCUUCUACUAUGCUUAAAAUUGAAAAUUGUGACGAGAAGGACAUUAGCUUUGAGAUGUUGUAUGACAACAAACCACAUUUGGAAGUUGAAGCAUCAGCCACCGUACUCAAGCCAGGUGAAAGUAGACAAAUUAAGAUUUACUUUAGACCUAGAGAAAUUAAGUUGUAUAAGGAGACUGUCUUGUUUGAAAUCAACGGACUUUACAAAACAAGUGUUGUCGUAUUGGGAGAAGGAACAGCAUCCAAGGUCGAACUGACAAACUUGUCAGAUAAGAUUCUAAACCUUGGAUCUAUUCGUGCAGGAGAAGUUGUCACCAAGUAUCUAAGCAUUACCAAUAAGAGUAAGAUUACAGCAAACGUGUCCUUCCUCAAAGAAACUCUGGAUCAGUUAUCAAAAUGCUUUGUGACAGUCACCCCAAAAACUGCCUUCUCUAUACUACCAAGACAAGAAGCGCAAAUUGGAUUAACCUUCAAACCUGAAAGUAGACUUUCAACAUUUAACGUGGAACUCAACGCUUACAUUGAUGGAAGAAUUAAGCUUCUUUCCAACAUUACUGGAUCUUGCCAAGGAAUUGAAGUCAAGCUGAACACAUCAACUGUGGCCUUUGGUCCUGUAGUUCAACACACCGUCGUAGUGAACAGGGUAAUUAUGGAAAAUACAGGAGAUAUUGGUAUCAACUACAAGUGGAAUACCAAAGGUCUCAAUUCAGCUUUCACCAUCAAACCUCUACAAGGUUUUAUUCCUCCAAAUGAAGAAGCAAUAUUUGAAGUGACCUAUGCUCCAGUUAAAGUGGACAGUACUGGACAGUCUGCUCAAAUUGAAUGCAAGAUAGACUCUCUCAAAGAUCCAAUCCUUAUGACCAUUAGUGGAAUUUGUGUUGAAAAACCAAAAGAAAAGGAAACACUCUCAUUCAGAGUUGCAGUUCGACAAAAACAAGCAAAGACUGUUAAAAUUGAAAAUCCUACAAAGAGUGAUUGGAGACUAAAACCUGUGAUUGAUAAUCCAUCAUGGAGUGGUCCAGAAUAUCUUGAAUUACCUGCAAAUAGUGUCCGGGAGUAUGAAAUUUCGUAUGCUCCUUUGUCCAUGACAUUAAGUGCUCCACAUAAGGGAACUUUAUUCUUCCCACUUCCUGACGGUAAAGCAAUUUUAUAUGAAUUGAGUGGUGAAUCAUUGGAUCCUUUACCAGCAGGUUCAAUUGUGAAAGAAUUGUACGCCAAGGAACAUCACAUUGAAACUCUUUUUGUUGAAAACUGGCUUGGCAAAGCACAACGGUUUUCAGUUAUUUUAGAUGAUCUCAAUAUCAAAUCACCAAAUCAAUUAACUGCUGUGAAUUAUAUUGAUGUUCCUCCUAUCUCAAAGAGAGAAUACAAGUUCAGCUUUUUACCAUUUAAGGAUGGACAAUUUGAAGGAAAAGUGAGAUUUGUGAAUGUUGAGACCAAAGAGUUUAUUUACUACAAUGUGAAAUUUACUGUACUGAAGGCAAGAUCCAACGAAGAAAUUGUCAUGGAGACACCUGUAAGACAAAAACUAGCCAAACAUGUAACUGUUGAAAAUCCUCUCGACAAGGAAUCCAUUCUUUCCGUCAAAUGUGAUUCUUCUGAAAUUGUUGUUGCUCCAGAAUUACGAAUUCCUGCCAAGUCAUUUGCUAAAUGUGAAUUUGUCUAUCUUCCAUUACUUGCAGUUGAACCUAAAAAAGCUAAAUUAAGCAUUGGAAAUGAUGAGCUUGGUGUCUUUCCAUUUGAUUUACUACUGAAACCACUUCCAAAAGCAGCUGAGAGAAGUACACACUUUUCUGUUUCAUUAGGAAAUGCUCAAACACAAACUGUUCGUUUUGUCAACUAUGCCAGACAAGCCACAGAGUAUACUUGUAAAUUUGAAGACAAUCAAACAGAUUUCUCAUUGGUUGACAAACCUGUGAUCAAAGUAUCAGCAGCCACAAGUCUCGAAGGAAAUGAAGUUGGUUUGGAUGUCACGUAUGAACCAACCAUGACAGGAGCAUGUAAGGCAAAACUUAUUUUAACAUCUCCAAUCGGUGGAGAAUAUGUAUUUUGGUUAUUUGGAAAAUGUUCACCUCCAAGACCUCAAGGUCCAAUUGAAAUUCAACCCAAUGGAACUGCACAAAUUACAUUCAAAAAUGUGUUUGAUAAGAAGUCUGAUUUUAAAUUUAGUAUUGAAGAUGCAUCCAAUAGUUUUAGUAUCAAACCCGAUCAGGCAUCUUUGAAUGUGAAACAAAAAUUACCGCUGACCAUUUCUUACAAACCCCAAUCGUCGGCUGCUAAAGUAGUGAAUCAUGCCAAGCUUACUAUUAGUUGUAAGGGAAAUCAAUUAACUUGGCUUUAUUAUUUGAUGGGAAAGCCAGAGAGUACUAGUGGCAGUAAUACAAAGUAA